UGACAACAUCUAUCAAAAUAUGAAACAAUCAUGCAGUUGCUUCCUACUUUAAUUGCUGUAUCGAUAGCUAUUGGCAAUGUCAGCUGUUUGAAGAUAGCAACGUACAAUAUUUGGAACUUGAUGUUUAAUUGGGAGAUAAGAAAGCACCACAUUUCUGAACUGAUUGUGCAAACAGAUGCAGAUGUAAUUGCCUUGCAAGAGGUUAGAAGUAAAAAUGGCUCAUCAAGAAAUCAGUUGUUAGAGCUUAAAGCAUUACUUCCUGCUCAAUAUAGAUGGCACUUUUUCAGAGCUGCCAACAUUGUUUCAUUUCCAAAAGAGAUGAUAGAUACAUUCUUUGAUGGUGAAGGAAUUGGUAUAAUCAGUAGGCUGCCAAUCACUGGUAGUUCUGUCACCUACCUUCUGCCAAGCCCUCAAGAUCCUGAUAAAAACAAGCGCAUAAUUCUUCAUGUUAAGAUUGAAGAUGGACGUGGAAAGGUGUACAACGUAGUGGCCCUUCAUUUUUCAUACUACCGGCAGCAACAGUGCAGCAACAUUGCUGAGGUUGUUUCGUAUGUAAAAAAAAAACAAAUGGAAAAUGUCGUGCUAAUAGGCGAUUUUAAUACUUACAAUGAUUAUGAAUGGCCAAUAAAUCUGGUUACCAGUGACAGGUGGAGUUCUAAGAAUCCCUGCUACAGGUACGCUAAUAAGCCUGACAUUCUGAUUCACCAUGGCAAGACUUCGUACAAAGAUGCCUGGAUUGCGGUUCACCCACAUGCCGAUGGAUUGACAUUUAGUAACAUGCCUUCUCCAGGACUGGAAAGUCGUCCAGACAGAAUUCUUGUCAACAGCAAUCUUCAAGUCACUGCGGUUAACGUGAUCGGAAAUGGAUCAGAUUACAAGCAGAAAUAUAACAGCUCCAUCUAUUGGCACAGACUUUUGACUGUCGUCCAAUCAUCUUGGCUGUCUUAUAAAGGAGUGAAAGGGUAUCCAUGUAAACAUGACUGUGGUCCUCAAGGUUCUUGUAAAUGUGGAAUCUGUGUUGCUAUUGGCAACAAAAAUGGCUGCAAUCUUCCAGACUGCAAACAGUGUGACUCUGAAGUAUUUGUAGGACUGUUAUUACAUUUAAUACCAUUUAUGAUUUGUCUGGUACACCUGAUUUACUCUGUUAUUGUGAUAUUGACAAUCGGCGCAGGAUCUUAUGGUGAAACUGUGCAUUCAAUAUUUGGACUCAAGUGCUGUCUUUUUAAUGCUGAUUUGUUUAAAAGCCCAUCAUUUCGUCGAAAAGGACGCUGUUUACGGAUAUGUCAGAAAUGGCCUUUAUUUAAAUUGCCUCCGUAUUGUCAACUUCUAGUCAGUUUAGUAUUUAUUGUAGCUUUUACAUAUUAUUUUACUCACAAAUUUUUAUUUUUGUUUGAAAUGGCACAAACUGUUUUACCUGAGGAAUCGUUUCCCUCCGAUCAUUUAAUGCUUUAUGCUGAAAUAUCUUGAUAAUAAAUAUAAAUGUAAGUAUUGUAUUUGCUCAUUUUGUUAUCUGAUAAAAUUCUGCAUUUCCAUUAGGCUAAAUGUUAAGAACUUUGAUAAUGUUCACAACAUUGUUAACAUAGUCGCUGUUAACUUUCAAAUCUUUACUGCUGUAUAAGUAAUGAAAACUUUGUUGAAGCUUAAUAAAUACACUUGUGAUUUGCAAUAUUACAUGAAA